UGCACAACCCACUGUGCUGUGAAGUUGGGUAAAAGCAGGAGGAAGACUUUGCCCUCUGCCACUCUCACUCCAGGUCUGCCCUCUGCCUGUCAAGCUGCCUCAGCAGUCCAAAAUGAAGAUUCAGUUUGCCCCUCUCUAUAUUCCUUUGAAGAGAAGGUUUCAAACUGCUGCGGUACUUCAAUGGAUCUUCAGCUUCUUGUUCCUAGCUCAAUGCUGCAUGAUCCUCUUCGUCGGCCUCCUCUUCACUCGCUUGUGGCUGGUCAGCGUCUUGUAUGCAGCGUGGUGGCUGCUGGACUGGGACACGCCGCACAAAGGUGGGAGACGGAAUCAGUUCCUAAGGAAAAGCAUCGUCUGGAGAUACAUGAGGGACUAUUUCCCCGUCACCCUGGUGAAAACAGCGGAUCUGGACCCUAGGAAGAACUACUUGGUUGGCUUCCAUCCCCACGGUGUCCUGGUGGCCGGCGCCUUCCUGAAUUUCUGCACAGAGGCAACUGGGUUUUCGAAGCUGUUCCCAGGACUCACUUCUCACCUGAUGAUGCUGACCGUCUGGUUCAGAGUCCCCUUCUUCAGGGAUUACCUGAUGAGUGGAGGCUUAAUCGCAUCAGACAAGGAGAGCGCUUCCUCUGUGCUGAGGAAACCAGGAGGAGGGAACAUACUGGUCAUUGCUGUGGGAGGUGCGCAAGAGGCCCUGGACGCACGACCUGGAGCCUUUACGCUGCUGCUGAAAAACAGAAAGGGAUUUGUUCGUCUGGCCAUUGAGCAUGGAGUUUCGCUCAUCCCGGCAUUUUCGUUUGGUGAAAAUGAGCUCUUCGACCAAGUCGACAACCCCAAGGGCUCCUGGCUGAGGAACAUGCAGCACCGUCUUCAAAAAGUCAUGGGCAUCUCUCUCCCGCUCUUCCAUGCCCGGGGUAUAUUCCAGUACAGCUUCGGCCUGAUCCCUUACCGGAGGCCCAUCUUCACUGUGGUCGGGAAACCAAUCCACGUGGAGCAGAAGCACAAUCCCUCCCAAGAAGAAGUCAACCAGUUACACCAGACGUACAUCGGAGAACUGUGCAAGCUCUUUGAGGAGCAUAAAGCCAAAUACAAUGUCCCGAAGGAAAAGCACCUGGAAUUUAUAUAAGCCAGUGCUUAAAUGGACCUGAGCCCAAGCCAAAAGCCACCUCUUUAUUUCCCCAGUGCCUGGGAGUGUUUGGACCUUGACAUUUGGGUUCAGUUAAUGGUAAAGACCAAAUCCAGUUGCAGAGUUGGGAGUUAGGUUUCCCCAACAUUAGUCUACCAUUAGAUGCAGAGAUUUUAAUCCGGGCCCAUCUCUCAUUUAUAUCUAUGCUGCCUGGCACUUUUUGCAGAUUCUCACAUUUUAUAAUGUUAUGGUCUUUUGGAAGAGAUCCUUGCAUUUAAAAAAAAAUGCAAUAUUAAGAUUUCUCUCUAGCAAGCUCCCCUUUCUCAUCCCACUGGAGACCUUGAUCAACUUCCCUGUUGUUCCCAGACAGCAGAGAAUUAUUCAGACUUUCCCUUGCCAUGGGUAUCACUGUUGCAAGGUAGCUAUGAAAGUGUUCAGGCUUACACAUCCAGAAGACUAUAUCCUUCAUGCCUCUUAGGACAAGCUUACCUGUUCGGCUUCAGCAGAGCUACUCAGCAUUUAUACCAGGGCAACAGGCAGGAGCCAGCCACUCAAGGAAUAAGUCAGACCACUCACUGAAUAUGGGAUAUCAACUGAGAAAUUGCUGUGAUUGUUUUUUUUAAAUAUAAUAUUUUCCAGAUAAAUAAAUGAGUGCUGAUCUUUUCA